AUGUCUUAUCUUUUCCGCAUGAUCCUUCUCCUCCUGGUCCUCCUAGCAAACCCUUUGAAUGUUCACUCCAGAAUCCUAAGAUCAUCAAGCGAUAGUAAUGUUCACUCACAACCAAGCUUUGAUUCCAUUGAUAAUCAGAAAUCAAAACUAGAUGUUGAAGCAGUUGCUGGAGCUAGAAGGUAUCUAAAGGAAUUUGGAUACCUACAAGAACAAGACCAUGCUGAUUUUGAGGGAGCAAUCAAGAAGUUUCAAAAAUACUACAAUCUAGAAGUCUCUGGAAAACUUGAUUCGCAAACCAAAAAGUUUAUGUCAAUGCCAAGGUGUGGUAUCCCUGAUGAUCACCAUCACCAUCACCAUCACCGUCACCUUCACCGCCACCGCCAUCACGGUGGUUUCUCUAAUAACCUACUGAAGGUUACAUCAAAGUAUGCAUUCAUUAAAGAUGCCCCUUCAUGGCCUAAUAAAAAGAGAAACCUCACCUACAGUUUUGACCCAUCAGAAACGUCAGGUGUUUCGGUUGUGCCACAAGAGACUGUGAGAGAAGCCUUCAAACUAGCAUUUUCAAAAUGGUCACAGGUUUCACCCUUCACAUUCAAGGAGACUCGAGGAUACUCCGACAUCACGAUCGGUUUCUACAGGGGCGAGCACGGCGAUGGCGUGACCUUCAACAACACCAUUGUUGCCCACGCUUAUCCGCCAAUUGAUGGAAGGCUCCAUGUUAAUGCAGAUAAGGGUUGGAGCAUUAAGGAUCCAAUACAAGAAGAUAAGAAUAUUCAUACUGGUGACACAUAUGAUUUGGUUUGGGUUGCAAUGCAUGAAAUAGGGCACAUUCUUGGACUUAACCACAGUAACGAUGAAGAUGCUAUCAUGUAUCCGUUGAUUGCUCCUCUUAAAAACAAGAGAACGUUUGUUGUUGAUGAUGUUACUGGAAUUCAGCGAUUGUACUCAUUAGGAGUUCAAGGGAAUUUUCAUUAUCCAAGUGCUACGGGAUUUAGAUUGCAAUGUUAUCAUCUCUUGAUUGUUGCUAUUGUUUGCUUAUGGGUUAUGUUUAUAUUUUCGGCUGUGAUGUUUUCGGUGUUCUUAGAUUAA